AUGUUUCAAGCACAAACAAGCGCGCGGGCUGGUGGCGCUUUCUACUGCGCCUCCUGUAACCUGUACUGUAGCGACAGUCGAUCGGCGGAGAUGCAUCGGGCAAGCCUGAAGCACAAGAAAAAGAGCGGUGAGCUGGAGAUCGAGCGCCGCCUUUAUGGAGACGACGCUAGUGUCACAGUGAAGGACGUGAUGGCGCUUGUUGAGCGCAAACGUGUUGAGUUGGGGGUUGUGCCAUGGAGCGAGUUGCGCUUCCAAGAGGCUGAGGCACGCAGCGGUGAAUCUUCCUGA